GCUUGUGCAUUUCUAGCUGAAGCACUGAAAGCUUGGGCGGACAAGAGAUAGGGACGUUUCCAGCCAAGAAGUAUGGGGAAGUUUCCGAGACUGCUUCUCCUGACUGUCCUGGUUCUCCCAGCAUGUGCUUCAACUUGCACGACUCGCUGGUUCGACCGGGACGACCCUUCGGGAGUGGGUGACUUUGAAACUCUCGCUGACCUGAGGAGGGAAUAUCCCAUGGACAUUUGCCCUAAACCCACUGGAAUUGAAGCUCAGACUGUGGAUGGAACCCCAGCAUCCAGCACUGGGCAAAUCUUUCAUCCGUUUAACACUAAAGAAGGAUUUGCUUGUGUAAAUAAGGAGCAGAAGUAUUUCUGCUUGGAUUACAAAGUCCGCUUCACCUGUCCCUCAAACUUCUGCUCAGCUUCAACUUGCACGACUCGCUGGUUCGACCGGGACGACCCUUCAGGAGUGGGUGACUUUGAAACUCUCGCUGACCUGAGGAGGGAAUAUCCCAUGGACAUUUGCCCUGAACCCAUUGGAAUUGAAGCUCAGACCAUGGAGGGAAUCCCAGCGUCCAGCACUGGGCAAAUCUUUCAUCCGUUUAACACUAAAGAAGGAUUUGCUUGUGUAAAUAAGGAGCAGAAGUAUUCCUGCUUGGAUUACAAAGUCCGCUUCACCUGUCCCUCAAACUUCUGCUCAGGAUGCAUGACCCAGUGGUUUGAUCGGGACGAUCCAUCGGGAAGGGGAGACUAUGAACUCCUUUCCAAUUUGUGGAGCGAAUACCCUGGCAAGAUUUGUGCUGAGCCCCUUGCCAUCAACGUACAGACUCUGGAUGGGAUUCCUGCCCUGAAGACAGGGCAAAAGUUCUCAGUGUAUGACCCUACUCAAGGCUUUGCCUGCAUCAAUGAUGAGCAAAAACCUGGUCGGUCCUGCCAUGAUUACAGGGUCCAGUUCACAUGCCCAGGAUCCUUCUGUUCUGGCUAAUCUGAAGGCCAGACCUUCUGCUUCAUUCUUGCCAUGAGAGGCAUUGCCUUCUUUUCUUAAUUGUUAAUUCAAUAAAAUCAGUGUGUCGCCAGCAAACAUU